UGUCGCUUACGUUUGGCAAUCUAAGUGUCAUAAGCAUUUAAUGUUUAUUACAAAUUACGAUAUUUUAAGCGUUUGUUGUUUGAAAUUGAAUAUCGUUGAUGUCCCUAUCAAGAUGUGAUAAUACCGAUUAAAGUCUACGACGAUAAUUUUUGUACGGUUCAACUUUCAUUUUUAAGUGUUCUAGUGUUUAAUCUUGUAUGUGUUUAGGUUAUGGUUUUCGUAAUGAAAUAGUGUACGAAAUUAUUAAAAAUAGAUACAAAUUUUGAAUAAAAUGAAUAGUAAAACUUUCUACGAAAACUUUUUACAACUCAGAAGAGAAGAAGUAUCCAAUUUGUUAUGGAUAUCCAAACGUUUAGAUCUUCAAGUUGCAUAUGGUCAAGGUAAAGUUAGACCUACACCAUAUUCACAUAAAAUAGCUGUUUUGAACAGUCCAAAAAUUCAAGAUCUGUUAAUGCAAAUUAGUAUAAGAGAGAACGUACCAAAAUCAAAGUUAGAACCACAGGUGCUUGCUAUUUUAAACGAAAUUGGUUAUGAUCGAAAAAUUAAAGUAAUUAGAUGGCUAGGUCUGUUAUUAACAAAAAUAUGUUUGCGUGUCCUUAGAGGAAUAUAUGUAAAUGUGGAGCAAGUUGAACAGAUAAAAAAAUCAAUGGGCGAUUGCCCAGUCGUUUUUGUACCGACCCAUAGAAGUUAUGGGGAUUUUAUAAUGAUGUCAUAUUUGAAUUUUACUUAUGACAUUGAAUUACCUGCAAUAGCAGCCGGAAUGGAUUUUCACGGUAUGUGGGGAAUGGGAACGAUCCUUAGAAAUACGGGGGCCUUUUUUAUGAGAAGAUCAUACAAUAACGACAAUUUGUAUUGGACUACUUUUAGACAAUACAUUCAUCAAAUUACUACAAAGGGGGAUUUACCUAUAGAAUUUUUUAUAGAAGGAACUCGAAGUAGAAGUAACAAAUCAUUGCUGCCUAAAUAUGGUUUGUUAACAAUGAUUCUUAAAGCAUUUUUUCUAUCCGAAGUACCCGACAUUCUAUUUGUGCCAAUUAGUAUCAAUUAUGAUAGAAUUUUAGAAGAAAGUCUUUUCGCUUUCGAAUUAUUAGGUGUGCCCAAACCCAAGGAAAGCACGUCUGGUUUAUUUAAAUCAAUGAAGAUAUUGAAAGAAGAAUUCGGUAACAUUUACAUACACAUGGACGCGCCUAUAUCAGUAAGAAAAUUUUUCGGAAAUAAAAUAAACAGGAGCGUCCAUAAUUUAGGUCCUUUGUAUCAACAAGAAUUAACCGAAAAUGAAAAGAAUCAUUUACCGUCGCUAGCUUACGAAAUAUUGAAUCGACAUCAAAAAGUAUCAGUUGUAACUGUAUUCAAUUUAAUUGCUAUCAUUUUAAAUAACAAUUUAUCGUACGAUAAAACGGCUCUAACUAUAGAAGAAUUAACAGAAGAAGUGGAAUGGAUCAAAAAUAUAAUUCAACAUUUGGGUGGAUUUAUUUAUGUGGAAAAUUUAACCGAAAGCGUAAGAGAGGCUUUGAGCGUACACAAAGGUCUGAUAAUGUUGAACGAAGAUAAAAAAUUGACGUUAAUAAAAAAUAAAGUGAACCAGCAAUCAUUCGAUCUGAAGAGAUUAAAGGCGCACGCUCUUAAUGACGACGUAAUGACGCAUUCUAUUCCGUUCGUUACGUUACAGAUAUACAGCAACUUGGUUCUUCAUUACUUCAUUGAAUUAAAUAUAAUUUUAAUUUCGUUAGGAAUAAAAUCGAUGGAUGGAGAUCAACUAUUUGAUAAUUAUCAAUUUUUGAGAUCUCUAUUUGCCAAGGAAUUCAUAACCGUUUCUUCGCAGGAUAGAAGGGUGUUUAAUGCGGCACUUGAAAAUGCUGCUUUUUUCGAUCUAAUAAAUGUAUCUAAUGGUUAUUAUCGAUUGGGAAAUAACGGAAAACUUCGAAAGUUUAUAGAAAAUGUGUUUGUCACUUUUUAUUUGUCGUACGAAGCCGUAUUUGUGAUUUUACAGAAACUUUGUGAAACCAAUGAAGAAAAAGUGAUUCUAGUUAACGUUCAAAUGUUAUUAGAAAAAAUCGUAUUAGAACAAAACGUGCAUCCCUAUUCAUUAAAUUUGGAUACCAUUGGUAACUGCUUGGGUAGUUUAUGCGAUUUGGGCGUUUUGAAGAAAACCAGAAGAAACAAUAAAAUCUUGUGCGAAACCGAUAUGAACAAACUUUAUUCUAUGAAAACCAAUUUUGAAAAAUAUAUUCCUCGGUGUAUUAUUCCCCAGUUAUCAUACAAAGUUCUUAGAGGACAAAUACCAAACAAAUUGUGAUUUUUUGUUUUUAAAUUGUGUAAUCGUACAUUUUUUUACUUGAAUAAAUCAUUUAUUUAA